CUCACUUUAGUCGGCAUUGAUUAAUGUUAGAAAGAGAUAACAAAAAUGGGAGAAGUGUAGUGUUGAAAAAAGAUAACAAAAUUUCUGUUUUUGUGUUCAAUGCGUUAAAUAUUUGAAGCGAAAAACACGUGUGUAUUAAAAUUUAUAACAAAAUGACUGAAUUGAACAAAAAAUCGAAACCGAAGUUGAAUAAAGUUGAAAAAAUUUUACAACGUGAAAAUGUGUUUAUUAAGGAUUUAUACAAUGUUUUAUGCCUCCCGACAAUAAAAGAAGAAAAUAAUGAAUUGGAGGAUGAUCUUUUAUCAAAAAAACCAAAUUUUAAUAAUUCAAAAACGACGAGAGCUAAAUCGUUGGUUGAUUUGCAAGAAAGAAUAAAUAAAUUAAAAAAUAAGUCAAAUUCGAAUUAUAAACAACAAUUACAAAAGAAGCAUUUAAAGAAUCGACUUAAAAAGAAAAUAAAACAAGAAAAUAGAAAUAAACAAACUAAAAUUAAAAGCGAACCAACUAUUAAAUUAGAAAACGGAGAUAAUAAAGAAUUAGAAAAAACGAAAACGAUGGUAUUUUCAAAGAUUAAUUUCGAUGGAUUAGGUAAUCAAAAGAAGAAAAAAAUGGAAAAAGAUCCUAAAAAAAUACUUGAAAAAGUUGAAGAUGUAAAUAAGAAAGUUGCUGAAUUAAAAUCGGUUGGAGAAACUAAAAAAGCAAUUGAAAUUCGGGAAAAAACCGCUUGGAAGAAUGCUUUGGCUAAAGCGGAAGGAAUUAAAGUUAAAGACGAUCCGGUUUUAUUAAAAAAAUCGAUUAAAAAGAAUGAACAAAAAAAGAAAUCCAGCCAGAAGAAAUGGGAAGCUAGAAUUCAAGGUGUUGAAAAAGCGAAAGAUGAACGACAGAAAAAACGCACGGAAAACAUUGAAAAAAGACAGAAAGAGAAGAAGGUUACUAAAUUAAAGAAAGCUGCGAAAAGAGGAAAAAUCAUUCCUGGAUUUUAGAAUAAUAAAUUGAUUUAAUUUUGUUUUUAUGUUUGAAGUAAAAAAAAAUAAAAUAAACGUUUUGAUGAUUUCUA